GCAAGCCAAAAAGAAACAUGCAUUAUCAUUACCAUGUAAUGAUAUACACACGUACAUCAUUACACACGUAAACUCUUAUAAAUCAGACUUUUUGUAAAGGUUGCUAAUAGUGCUCUUGAUUCUAACCGUAGAUUCCUCUGCAGAACACUUGGUUCCCAAUUCUUUGGUUAAUCUAGAUUAUGAUCCUGCACGAAGAUUGCCAAGUGACUGCAGGACGAAACUUUGGCAUUUGUCUGGCCAAUGGGAAUCCUCAUGUGAUGUCAUAAAAAGAAUGGAUCAAUCAAAGGCGACAUUGACAAUCAAAAACGUUGCUGUGUAUUCCCAUUGGCAACAUAGAACCAACCAAAAGAGGGCCGUCGUCCGAUUUGUUCUUUGUCGCUCACUCAUCCAACCUAAUGAAAUCGCUAAUACCUGUGUUGCCAGUAAUGUUAGCAUCGUGUUCUCGCCGGGGCUCAUCCCCAUCCCAACCGAGCGGUCAGCUGGGCGGGAAGGUCAACACUUCAGUUCUUCCAGUUGAUCAGAGGGAGCGAUUGGCUGCAAUACGUGGGUGUGGCUUGCAAUGACGUCAAUAUGCGUCACUAUCGAGGCGGGGCUGAAAGGGAGACCUGUGGCGGGGGUGCUGCAUUGAACACCCAUCAGAGUGGACAAGAGGCGGCGAGAUGGUCGUCAGGCGCAUCCGGACACGGAAGCAGUUCCAGACACUGCUGCGGGAGGAGGAGGAGAGCCUAAUUGUCGUGUUCUUCGCGGCUCGAUGGUGUAACAAUUGCUCCAACAUCAAGCCCUUCUUCCGCAUGAGGUCUGAGCAUUACCGGGAUGUCAUCUUCGCGGAGGUGGACGUGGAUGAGUCAGAAGACCUGGCCCGAGCUGCCGGCAUCAGUUGCAUGCCCACCUUCCAGUUCUACAACUGUCAGGAGAAGGUUGCAGAGUUCUCAGGGACCAGGAGAGACAAGUUAGAUCACUUGAUAAUGCGACUGAAAUAAUUCUCACGUGUUACAAGAGAAAAAAAAUUAAAUACACCUGUCCUCUGAAUGGUUGCAUUUAUCGAAUCUUAACAUCAUGGAAGGUCAUAUGACCCAUCGAAGCUGGGCUGGAAUACUCCAUCUUUAAAGAAGCAAUACUGUUUUGAAGGACUUAUAGUGUUAUGACCCAGGGUAAACCCCUCUGCUAAUUUAAACCGGACACACAGAGAAGCUCACCUCGUGCUGUAAUCUGUUAAAUUUUGAGAUGCAAAGAACUAUCCCAGAUUUCACUAUUUAAAGUAACAACUAACAAUCUUAUUCUUUAGGUCCAACAGAACAUUAAAACCACAACUAUUUACAACUCCUUUCUCUUAAACCUAUCUUUUACCUCCCCUCUACAAUACUGGUCUGAUAAAGUCCCUCUUAAAUUUACAGCAAAAUCAAUUUCAAACCCAGUUAUCAUCUCCAGAUGUUGAACUUUCUCUGUUGAUUUGUCGAGGUCGGCUUCGGUCUUCUGCUGCACAAAUUUCUUAUGGAUAGAUGACUUUCAGAGAGCUAUUCUACUGGCAGUCUUGGUGCUUGCUUGGCUGUUCUCCUGUAACUGUUCAAAAUGUCCAGUUUAUACCCCAAAACAUUAGAUCAUUUCAUUGGUUUGAUGUCAUCAAAACAUUA